AUGUCCAAACUACCUCUCCAAUUUCUCAAAACCCCACUCCUCCUCUCCAUUCUAGUCCUAGUUUCCCUGGCCUUCCAAGUAAUUUCCCAAAAUGUCAACACUGAAAAAACUAUCCUCCUAAACCUGAAGCAGCAACUCGGCAAUCCACCGUCCAUUCAGUCCUGGAACUCAUCAUCCUCACCGUGUGAUUGGCCAGAGGUAAUCUGUGUCGAAGGCACGGUGGCUGGACUUGAGCUAGAUGAUAAAAACAUUACAGAAACAAUCCCAGCUACAGUUUGUGACCUAAAAUACCUGACAUAUCUCAACCUGAGUUGGAACUACAUUCCAGGAGGAUUUCCAAAAGUUUUGUACGACUGUACAAAGCUAGAUUACUUGGACCUGUCUCAAAACUACUUUGUUGGUCCAAUACCUGAUGACAUUGAUAAACUAUCAAGUCUCAAGCAUAUACACCUUGAGGGUAAUAAUUUCACAGGCAGUAUUCCACCACGGAUAGGCAACUUGACAGAGUUGCAAACGUUGUAUCUGCAUCAGAAUCAGUUCAAUGGUACGUUUCCUAAGGAGAUUGGUAAGUUGUCCAAUCUUGAAGAAUUGGCUUUGGCGUUCAAUGAGUUUGUGCCCUCUUCAAUUCAUGUGGAGUUUGGUCAGUUAAAGAAGUUGAAGUUACUGUGGAUGAGACUCGCGAAUUUGAUUGGUGAAAUCCCGGAGAGUUUGAGCAAUCUUUCGAGUCUUGAGCACUUGGAUUUAGUUGGAAAUGAUUUGGAAGGUAAGAUUCCUGAUGGGUUGUUUUUGUUGAAGAAUUUGACUUAUUUGUAUCUCUUCCAGAAUAAGUUGUCUGGUGAGAUACCUCAGAGAGUUGAAACGUUGAAUUUGACGGACAUUGAUCUUGCAAUGAACCAAUUGAAUGGUUCGAUUCCAGAAGAUUUUGGCAAGUUGAAGAAAUUGCAACUUCUGAGUCUGUUUGAAAAUCACUUGUCUGGUGAGGUACCACCAAGCAUAGGCCUUCUUCCUGCCCUGACAGCAUUUAAGGUUUUCACCAACAACUUGAGUGGAGUCUUGCCGCCUAAAAUGGGCCUUUAUUCAAGACUUGAAGAAUUUGAUGUUUCAACCAAUCAAUUCAGAGGCCAACUUCCUGAAAAUUUAUGUGCUGGAGGUGUGUUGAAGGGUGUAGUUGCCUCUGAAAACCGUCUCUCUGGGCAGGUGCCUCAAUCUCUUGGAAACUGCAACAGUUUGCACUCGGUCCAACUUUAUAGCAACAACUUUUCAGGUGAGAUACCUGCAGGCAUUUGGACAGUCUUCAAUAUGACUUACUUGAGGUUAAGUCCGAUUCCUCCUGGAGUCUCCAGCUGGGAGAAGUUGGUUGUUUUCAAGGCGAGCAACAAUCUGUUUUCUGGUGAAAUUCCUGCGGAAAUAACGAGUCUGCCUUACCUUUCAAAUCUUCUGCUUGAUGGAAAUCAAUUUUCAGGUCAACUACCAUCCAAGAUAACAUCUUGGAAGUCAUUGACUAGUUUAAAUCUCUCAAGAAAUAAUCUUUCUGGCCAGAUCCCAAACGCGUUUGGGUCCUUACCUGACCUGCUUUAUUUAGAUUUGUCUCAAAACCAUUUUUCUGGGGAAAUCCCUCCUGAAUUUGACCAGUUGAAACUUAUUUUUCUCAAUUUGUCCUCCAAUCGUCUAUCUGGGAAAAUCCCAGAUCAGUUUGAUAACCUUGCCUAUGAUAACAGCUUCCUGAACAAUUCUAAACUCUGUGCUGUUAAUCCAGUUCUAAACCUUCCAGAUUGCUAUACCAAACUUCGUGACUCUAAAAAAUUGCCCUCUAAAACUCUUGCCUUGGUUCUGGUUUUUACUGUGACCAUUUUUCUGGUCACUAUUAUAGUCAGCUUGUUUAUGGUUAGGGACUACCAGAGAAAAAAGGCAAAACGUGAUCUGGCAGCAUGGAAGCUGACUUCAUUCCAGCGACUGGACUUCACUGAAGCAAACAUUUUGGCAAGUUUGACAGAAAAUAAUCUGAUUGGAAGUGGAGGAUCAGGAAAGGUGUACCGGAUUGCCUCAAAUCGUGCAGGUGACUUUGUUGCUGUCAAGAGGAUUUGGAACAACGACAAAAUGGAUCAUAAGCUUGAAAAGGAAUUUGCGGCAGAGGUUCAGAUACUGGGAACAAUUAGGCAUGCAAACAUAGUUAAAUUAUUGUGCUGUAUUUCAAGUGAGAGCUCAAAGCUUCUUGUUUAUGAGUACAUGGAGAACCAAAGCCUAGAUAGAUGGCUUCAUGGGAGGAACAGAAGUUCCUCGAUGGGUACAAGUUCAGUCUAUCAUUCUGUCUUGGAUUGGCCCACAAGGUUCCAGAUUGCCAUCGGAGCUGCACAAGGCCUAUGCUACAUGCACCAUGACUGUUCCACUCCUAUCAUUCAUCGAGACGUGAAGUCUAGUAAUAUCUUGUUGGAUUCUGAAUUCCAGGCAAGAAUAGCAGAUUUUGGACUGGCCAAAAUGUUGGUUAAGCAAGGAGAGGCUCAUACCAUGUCUGCUGUAGCAGGUUCUUUCGGUUAUAUUGCUCCUGAGUAUGCCUAUACAACAAGAGUCAAUGAGAAGAUCGAUGUCUAUAGCUUUGGAGUUGUACUCCUGGAAUUGGCAACUGGAAGAGAACCUAACAGUGGAGAUGAGCAUACCAGCCUUGCAGAAUGGGCGUGGCAGCAGUUUGGACAGGGAAAGCCUGUCGUUGAUUGCCUUGACCAGGAGAUUAAGGAACCAUGUUUCUUGCAGCAAAUGACCACUGUAUUUAACCUAGGACUCAUUUGCACUCACUCCUUACCGUCCACCAGGCCUUCUAUGAAGGAUGUUUCGGAGAUUCUGCGCCGAUGUUCCCCAGACGGUAAUGGAGAGAAAAAGACGGGAGCCGAGUUUGAUGUUGCUCCUCUUCUUGGAAAUGUAACUCGUCUUUCUAUAUGA